GUUACUGUGACAAGUACUCGUAUAAAUCUACUUGAUCCAGACUAUCGGGAAGAGGUUAGCAAAACACAAAAGGGCAAACGUGAACGCGAAGGAUUGAACACCUGACCUCCACGUGAUGCAGAAUGGAUAUUAUACUUGUUGGUUUCUGAAAUGGAGAUGACAAGAUGGGAAUGUUGCUUUCAAGGAAGAUGGAAACUUGUCUGCUAGUAGGAUGUGGUGUCUAUUUUUGCUUCUAUUUGUAUUUUAAACUACGAAAAGGAAAAUGUAAAAGCAAGAAGACUUUGGAAGGGAAAACGGUCAUAAUUACCGGAGCCAACACAGGCAUUGGAUUUGAAAUUGCGUUACAUCUUGCAAGGAGAAAUGGACGAAUCAUUCUUGCAUGUCGAAAUUCUGAAAAGGGUGAAGCAGCUAGAAGCAGAAUUGUACAGCUGUCGGGAAAUAGCAAUGUCGUAUUUAGACUUGUUGACGUCAGUAUGAUGUCAUCAGUGAGGGCAUUUGUCGACGUCAUCAAAAGAGAAGAAAAGAAAGUGGACAUAUUGAUCAACAAUGCAGGCGUAGUGACACUAGAAAAGAUCCUUACGGAGGAAGGGUUGGAACUGACGUUUGCGACAAACCACUUUGGACCUUUUCUUCUAACAACUCUGCUCAUGGAUUUACUGAAGAAGUCUAAGGGUCGAGUGGUCAAUGUGGGAUCAGCCGCCAGCGUGAUCGGAACGGUGGACUGUGAUAAUCUCAGGGCAGAGAAAAACUUCAGCUCACUCCAGUACCACAACUCCAAAACAGCCAACCUUCUGUUUACCAAGGAACUGGCCAGGAGAGAGACAGAUGUUUUGAUAUCCUGUGUACAUCCGGGCACUGUCAGAACAGACGUAUUCCGGCAUAUGCCAUUGCCUGUCAGAAUCAUCAUCUCUACAGUAUUUAGAGUUCUGACAAAGUCGCCGACAGAGGGCGCCCAACCCGUCCUGUUCUGCGCGCUGGAUGACUCGGUGCAGACAGGAGGUUACUACAUGGACUGUCGAUUGUACGAUCACACUAUGUGGGUCCCCAAGUCUGCUUAUGAUGAGGGACUGGCCAAGAAACUCUGGGAGACCACGGAGAAGAUAGUGGCGGAAUGUGGAUCAAAGAUACAAUAAAUAUAAUUAUUUAGAAUUCGCUUAUAUAUUUCAUUUUAAGAUCUGCUAUACGCGCAUUUCCACGUACAUGUAUAAAGUGACGUAUGAAAAUAAAUGAAAUAAAUAAGUGAUCCCACCUCUGGUGUGUCCAGGGGUCCGUGUUUGCCCAACUAUC